CUCUUUUUCAUCUCAUCAUCCACAUCAACACCAACUCCUCCUUCUUCUCUGUCCACUCACCCAUCCUAGUCUUCACUCCCUCACUCUCUCUCUUUCUCUCUCUCCUAAUCCAGUUUUUCGGGGUUAUCUAUACACUACGCGCCGCAUGUCCGAUAUUCAAAAUUUGCAAGCCUACGAUCCUUUUGCCGAUCUUGGUGAUUCUGGCGACACUGCCGAACAAAAGGACUAUAUCCAUAUUCGUAUCCAGCAGCGCAACGGACGCAAGACCCUGACGACGAUCCAAGGAUUGCCCAAGACGUUUGAUCAGAAGCGCAUGCUCAAGAUCUUCAAGAAGGACUUUGCUUGUAACGGAACCCUCGUGGAGGAUGAAGAGUUGGGAUCCGUCAUUCAGCUUCAAGGCGAUCAGCGUACCAAGGUCCAUACUCUUUUGACGACUGAGGGCGGCAUCGACAGGAGACAGAUCAAGAUCCACGGUUUCUAAAAAAAGAAACCCCCCAAGAAAAAAAGGGCACCUCAUUGGAUGUUGUUAUGUUGCUUUGUCUCGACAACCUUUUGUUUCUUUCAUUAUUCUUUACUUUGACGGCAACGAUUCUGUAAAUUAGUUUUCUGCCUUUGACCUGUGUCUCCCAUUUUGUCGUAGUUUGCAAUGUCAACCAUAGCCAUGCAAAGCGUUUGUGCAUUAAAUCAACUACGAUUGUCAACUGC